AUGAUUAUCAACGAGAAAGAUACCAGGAAUUCGCAGCAAGUCUUCAACUGUGACAGGCAGGGCUUGUCUGGAAAUCCAAGAAGGACUUACAUAACUGAAGGAUUCAAAUCCAAAGUGGCAGUGGUGGACGAGAUCGUGUCCCUCGGAAAGUCCAUGGGCAAGGAGGUGGAUGAAGAUGUGAACGAGCUUAUCAGCGUGCACUCCCAGGAGCUGGGCGAUGGAGUGCUGCAGCAUCACGAAGUUUUGAAGGACAUUCGUAUCGUGGAGGGUAAUGUCUACAAAAGUCACCUAGAGUGGUUCACUGGUUGUCUUACUGGUGAAGGAGUGGAGCUUCUACGUCAAUGUCACCAGCUGAGGUGGCUCCACCUGGCUGUGGUGAAAGACCACUUGGAUGGCUGUCUUCUGCAAAAGCUGCAUGCCACUGUCAUGUCUACUUUACAUCAACUUAAGUACCUCACUGUGAGAGUGUCAGCAGCAGUAUCAGCAGAUGCGUUGACGUCACUACCUAGCACACACAAGGCGGUGAUGCUGGAGCUGACAGAUAUGAGUGAUGAUAAAGUGAGCCAUGCCUGUACGGUGGCCCAGGAGCUACAGCCACCAGAAGGAUACUGGAUGAUCAGGUGCGAGAGUAAGACGGUAACAGUGGAGGGCAUCCAAAACAUGAUUCAAGUCCUCCAUAACAACAAUGUUAAGGUGAAUCAUGAGUUAUCAGUAGUCACCAGAGUCACCGUCAAAAUGAAGGAGCGUCACCACCUGGUCACCCUGGCUAGGACAACACUCGGCUGUCGCUUAACUACAUCUGAUAAAUCCGUUGGAUGAAUCAAGUGAUGAAGAAUCAGAUGAAUCAAGUGAUGAAGAAUCAGAUGAAUCAAGUGAUGAAGAAUCAGAUGAAUCAAGUGAUGAAGAAUCAGAUGAAUCAAGUGAUGAAGAAUCAGAUGAAUCAAGUAAUGAAGAAUCAGAUGAAUCAAGUGAUGAAGAAUCAGAUGAAUCAAGUGAUGACGAAUCAGAUGAAUCAAGUGAUGAAGAAUCAGAUGAAUCAAGUGAUGAAGAAUCAGAUGAAUCAAGUGAUC